GCCAGGCGGUCGCCAGUGCGCAUGCUCAAGCAGAAUUCCAAAAUGGCGGUAGUUUUGACGACGUUUCGCCAAAAUUACAUGGAUUUGCUCCUAAAAUGAGCAAAUUAUACAUGUUUUAGUCUUUACGGGGCCAAGUAUGGAUGGAAGAGAGCUGCCUACUUCACUUCCAACAAUCUCAGUGGCUGACGCGCGUCUGAAAGCCGACAGGUUUGCCGCUAAGGAUGACAGACCUAUUCGAGCAAAAGCCAAGCAAGCACUUGUGCAGGAACUUCACACCCAGCUAGAGGUAAAGGCAGAAAGGUUACGACUGGCAGCCAGAGGUACUACAGGGGAAGGUGAUGCCAGGGGAGACAACCCUUACGGAGCAAUGCCACCCAUUCCAUCUCAGGACAAAGAACAGGUGGAAACUGGACAACGUGCUACGGUGUCAUCCAAGAUCCCCAAACCCCUGACAAGGAAGGUGGAUUCUAAGACGACAAAGAUGGGGAAGACAAGGGAUGUAAGAUCAGCACAAGAUGGUGGAAGGGCGAGGAAGAAAGUGCGAAUACGUCCCCCAGAUGUACACUACACAUGGAACAGGGGCGGUCGUCUCAAGGAAAUACGGAUAAGACACAUUGCCAGGAAGUACCUGUAUCUGUGGAUUGGUAACACCUUUGGUAGGGUGAGACCUUCAGUUGCAAGAGCAUUACAUGAGACUAAACUGAAGAAGAGGGCCUUUGGUGAGUGGAAGGACAUGUGGUGGGAGCUGAGGAGGGAAUGGAAACUUCUCAUCAGAGCAGAAUAUCACAACAGGUACCGGAUGGCAAGUGUUGUGUGGCAAGCUUGGAGACAGUAUGUAAAAAAACAAAGAGUAAAGAAUGCCAAGAUGGCUUUGGCUGUUGAACACGACAGCAAGAAGCGUCUUGAGGGAACAUGGGAGGCCUGGCACGUGUACGUGCAAGUGCGUAGGACCAAAAACAUCAUGUAUCGGAUCGCAGCAAACAGAGCAAACCUCUGUCUACAAAGACAAAUGUGGAGAACUUGGCAAGCCAGACUGGAACAGUCCAGAGUGGAAAAGGACCAACAACUUGUGGCAUUACAACACUGGUCUUACACUCUCACACAAAAUACUUGGCAGGUGUGGGUGAGAGCACUACAACAGAGAAGGCAAGAGAAGAGGAAAAUAGAAUCAGCAAAACAGCUACAUCAUCUGAUCAUCACAAGAAGGUGCCUUACUGCAUGGCUGAGGUAUCUUACAGUCAGAAGGGAGAAAAGACAAAGAAGAGCGUAUGCAGAAGGCGUGUACCGUAGAAUGCUGUUGGGGCGAGUGUUUCACCACUGGCAGUCCAGAUGGCAUGUUCUACACAUAGCUCAUGAACAGAGACUGGCCAUGGAGGAACUAGCACACAGAGUACAGCUUAGGAAGGCUCUAACUCACUGGAAACACUUCAUUGAACUCCAAAGAGAGCAGAGAGAUCUGGAGGCUCUAGCAGUGCAGCACCAAAGGAAGCAUUGUUUGAAAACGUACCUGUCUGUGUUGAAGUUAGCUGUAGUCCAGAGGAGACUGAAGGACAUGAAGAACAAGAUGGCAAUGGAAACAGCCAACAGGAAGUUGGUAAAGAGAGUUUGGGUGAUGUGGGUGAAGAAAUGUGAACACAGGGAAGAACUCAAGCUGGUGCCUGCUACAAGACAAGCUAGGAACCACCAUAGACUAGUAAGGCUGAGGAAGUCUUGGACCAUCUGGAUGGCCUAUGUUCAGUGGAGAAGGCACAGAGAGGCUCAGUACAUUCAGGCCGAUGCACACUAUGCCUCAAGGUGUCUUCCGAGAACCCUGGAGAGAUGGAGAUGGUUUGUGGAGUUGUCUCAAGACAAGAAGGACAGGCAACUGAAAGCUGUAGCCUUCAGGAGGGAGGCUUUGCAAGCCAGGUUCUUCUUUGGCUGGUGGAGUGCUACACAACAGAGUAGGGACCUCAGGCUAAUGGAAAGGAUGGCCAUACUGCAUUACAAUGGAGCUGUCAUCAAGGCACACCUCAGACUAUGGAGACUCAGAACAAGAGAGGUUAGAAGAGAGCUGGAAAAGGAGGACAUGGCUCUACAACACUUUGAGUACCAUCUGUGUUUGAAGGCUAUCCAACAAUGGAAGGAUUUCACAAGGGAAAACCUCAACAGACAAGGACAGGACAGAAUGGCAGUGCGGCACCACUACAGACAACAGUUGAGAAGAGCAUGGGCACACUGGGCUCAGUACAUGGCAUACAGGAGAAUCAAACAACAGAAGAAAUCUACAGGAGAGCAGCACUAUCAGAGACACAUCCUUACUAAACUCAUGCAGGCUUGGAAGCUAGUCCAUGGCCAAGCCAAGAGAACCAACAUGCAAGUGCAGCAAAGAGUACACCAUCACAACAUUGUCACCCUCAGAGUUUACUCAAUGCAAGACCAUAACAUGGACCGCUUCUGGGCACUGAACUGGGCUCACUCUCCCAUAGAGGGCAUUGUCCACAUGGCAAGAGAAUGCCAGGACAGAAAGAGAAACCAGACUGAAAGAAGACAGAGCUCAGAAACACUGGGAAAGGGAGACACUAAAACUGGUUUUCAAGACCUGGCAUGA